AUGCCGGUGUACAUGCUACACGGAUUCCGCUGGCCUCGCGGAGGCUUCACGGGGAUCCGCGUCUACGUCGUCUUGCAUAACCUUGAAGAAGCCGCCGCCGAAUAUAUCCAGCAACCUCUCACGUCCGAGCUGAUCGCCGAGUCGUUUCAGAAGACCCAGCCGGAUUUGGUGUCGCGAUUGCCGGAGCUGCGCUUUAUUGAGCAGUAUGAUCCUGCCGAUGAGACGAGUAAUACUGUGAGUCAGGAGUUUGCGUAUGUUGGGGCGAAGGUUGUUGUUUUUCCGGAUGGGGGUGGGCUGGCGCCUGCGCCUGGGGCUGGGCCCGGUUUGAAUAUUGAAGAUGUGGUCGAGCAAGGGUCUGGCUUGUCGGCUGAUGAAACGAAGGCAUUGGAGGAAUUGCGAGAUCGCCUGGCCCCUGGUGAGAAGAUUGGUUGGUUUAUGGUUUACAAUGGGGACCCGGAACGGUACUAUCCUUCCUCGGAGGAUGAGGAGGACGAGGAGGAAUAUGAAGAUGAGGAUAAUUAUGCGGAUGAGAAGUCGGAGGCUCCGUCGCAGGCUGCAACCGAGCCAGGUACGCCACAGAGUUAUACGGUAAAAUCCCUGGUAGACAAAAUGGUCCUCUCCUUUAUUAUCGUCCAGAAUCGCCAGGGCAAAACGCGCCUUGCGAAGUGGUACGCUCCGUAUAGUGACGAAGAAAAAGUCAAGCUAAAGGGCGAGGUCCAUCGCCUUGUCGCGCCGAGAGAUCAGAAAUACCAAUCGAAUUUCGUCGAGUUCCGCCGCAGUACAAAGAUUGUUUAUCGUCGGUAUGCGGGGUUGUUCUUCUGCGUCUGUGUCGAUGCCAAUGACAACGAGCUGGCCUACUUGGAGGCUAUCCAUUUCUUCGUCGAGGUGCUGGAUCAAUUCUUUGGGAAUGUCUGCGAGCUUGAUCUCGUUUUCAACUUCUACAAGGUCUACGCAAUCCUGGAUGAGGUCUUUCUCGCAGGCGAGAUUGAAGAAACGAGUAAGCAAGUGGUGCUGACGCGACUGGAACACUUGGAUAAACUGGAGUGA